UAGCUUUUCACAUAUUUUCCCCCACGCAUUUGAUUUAUAUGCUCCCUUGAUCCAUCAAAUUUUGAUUCUCUCUCUCUCUCUCCAUUAUCAACUCUUUCAAAUUUGAAUUAAUUCCAUCAUCUCUCUCUGGCAAUGUUAUGCCGGAAAAGUUCAGUGAAAAGUAGGAGUGGAUCGGUGGCUGUGAAUCUAAAUGUGUAUGAUCUAACCCCAAUGAAUGGCUAUGCCUAUUGGCUUGGACUUGGGGUCUACCAUUCUGGUGUUCAAGUUCAUGGAGUGGAGUAUGCAUUUGGAGCUCAUGAAUAUCCAACAACUGGGAUAUUUGAAGGAGAGCCAAAGCAAUGUGAAGGCUUCACAUUUAGGAAAUCUAUUUUGAUAGGUUACACUAACAUGACUCAUGGGGAGGUGAGAUCACUCAUGGAGGAUUUCUCUUCCAAAUACAAAGGCAAUGCUUACAAUCUCAUCUCCAUGAAUUGCAACCAUUUUUGCAACGACGCUUGUCUUCGCCUCACCGGCUCCCCCAUCCCUAGCUGGGUCAAUCGUCUCGCCCGGAUAGGUUCGCUUUGUCAUUGCAUUAUACCAAGUAACUUGAACAUGACUAAAGUGGGACAUCAUAAAGUUGAAGAUAAAGCAUGUGACAUGGAGAAGAAGAAGCUAAGGAGCCGGUCGAAUAGGUUCUCUAAUUCCUCCUCGAAUUCUUCGUCAUCGUCGUCUUCGCCUCCCCUAGCGGCGACCAUUGGAGGCCGGGGCAGAAGCUCUCUGCCUGGGCCGUCGAUGCCGUUGAUUAUUGAUUCAAUUGCAAAUUAGAUGUCUUAAAAGAUCUGAUUUUUGACAUAGUUGAGAUUUGAAAUUUCUUCAAUUUAUUCCUUUUGAUUUUCUUGUGUAAUCCUAUAAACGUUAAUAUAGCUUGGUGUGAGAACAUGUACAUGAACAUUCGCACGUGGUAACAAGUUAUAUGUGACUUCUUUUUUCA